AUGGGGGACCUAAUGGCUAGGAUCCAGGCUACUGAGAGCAAGACGGAGGAAGUAAUGGAAACUGUACACACUCAUGAGGCAGAACUGCAAAACCUCAGGGACCAGCUUCGCUACCUCGAAGAAUUCAACGAGGAUUUAAACAACAAAACAUGCCGGAACAAUAUCCGGGUAAGGGGACUACCGGAAACGGUGUCCACCGAGCUGCUCCCUGAAACACUUACCACGAUCUUCCAAAACCUCAUACCAGACGCCAUUGCAGCAGACCUGCUAAUGGACCACGUACACCAUGCCCUACGGGCACUGAGCACUAAAUCAUCCAACCCACAGGAUGUCAUAGUGAGAAUGCACUACUACCACAUUAAAGAAAGAAUAAUGUGCACCACGAGAGACACUCCUGUGGAUGUGGAAGGGGUACAUAUACAACUCUAUCAAGACCUGGCUCCUAACAUCCUGAAGAGAAGAAAAGACUUACGUCCGCUCAUACAACACCUUCAUCAGCAUGGGCUUCCGAUAUGCUUGGGGACACCCCUUUAA